AUGUCGCGUUUCUACGCGCGAUACGUGCCUCCUGCGAAGGCGCUAUCGACCGAAGCUGUUUCCAGUACAGAGCCGAGCUCUAGUCCGAACAAGCGCAAGCGCGACGAACAAGUCUCUCAGCCAAAGGACAAGAAGUUGAAAACUUCAAAGUCCGCUGCUCAGCCGCAUACGACGCCGUCGAACCGACCCCACCCUCACAACAUCCCUCCCAGUGAAACAUCCUCCGCUGCAACUGGGACUAUCAUCCUUGAUAAGUAUCGCGUCACGGAGACCGCAAGGUCCGGUGGCGCCCCAAUCCGUGUAAGGACCCGCCGAUCGGAUAGACCGUCCCAACAAGACGAGCCAGAACUGGGAGUCGAACACGGGCAAGGAGGCAACGAGGGGGAAAGAAAACCCAAGAGGGUAUCCGAGAAGACACUUCGAGGAGAAGCUGGAGAAGCGCAAGAUGAAACCGAGGUAGCGACCAGCCUCCGGCGUGCGGCAGACUCAGAACGAAGUGGUGCUGUACAACGGAAAGACGGAGGUGUAUCGAAGCGCACUAAGAAAGGCGAGAGGCCUAAGCGAAGUCACGCUGCAGAGGAAGCCGAGGGGACAGAGGAUGCAGAGGAUGCAGCACAUGCACAGAAGCAUGCUGCUGUCCUCUCAAAAUUCGAAAAGGCCAAGCAGCAAGAUCAAUUACACACAAAGUCCGAGGCGCCGCCUGAGCAAAUAGCGCCAGAGCUACAUGGCCUUGAGCCGAUUCCUCAACCAGAGCAGGUAGAAGUUGUGCGCGAGCUGCCCACCUACUCGAUUCUUCCAGCCUGGCAAGAAAAUCCUUUAAUUAUCCCCCCUGAGACCAACAAAGACGAUUUUAGCUCUUUCAAGCUUGCAGAGGCCCUGGUGGGAAAUCUGAGAAGGAAAGGUCUCCAUCACCCCUUGCCAAUUCAAGCAGCAGUGUUGCCGUUGCUGCUUAAUGGUCCGGGUAAGCAUGCUGGCGACCUUUGCAUUUCAGCCGCCACAGGCUCUGGGAAGACUCUGUCAUAUGUCUUGCCUAUCAUAGCAGCCUUAAAAGAUCUUCCCGGCAGAAAGCUCAGAGCUGUCAUUGUUGUGCCCACAAGAGAACUGGUCAAGCAGGUGCGAGACCUGUGCGAAGCUUGCGCCGCAGGAACCUCACUCAAGUUCGCGACUGCUGUAGGAAGCAAAUCUCUCAAUGACGAGCAGCAAAUGCUGGUCAAGGAAGAGAAGAUCUACGACCCUGAGGAGUACGAGAAAUGGCAACAGAGUCCUAUCGACUGGUCCAACUUCUCGCUGGCAAGAUUGGCCCAGAGGGCGAAGGAUGAGGACCCGCUGGAGUCAGUCGGCUACAUAACUCGAUACCGGUCCAAAAUUGACGUGCUCAUCACCACACCAGGUCGCCUCGUAGAUCACCUCAGAUCCACUCCGGGUUUCACGCUCGACCACGUGUCCUGGCUCGUGGUGGAUGAGGCAGACAGGUUGCUCAACGAGAGCUACCAAGAGUGGGUUGGUGUGGUCAAGCCAGCUUUAGAGUCUCAAGCGGCCACGGAGAGGAGAGACCGGUUGCUCAGACAUAUGCGAAUGACACCACCAAAGCGAAGAGUGUUGAAGAUCCUGCUCUCUGCAACGAUGACGCGGGAUUUAUCCAAACUCAACGCUUUGGGAUUACACAAUCCGAAACUGGUCGUCCUCGGUGGCAACAAGCCAGGCAAGAAGGGAGACGGGGCAGGAAGUCCCGCGCCCGAUACGCAGGAUGCGGUGUUGCCGCAAAAGGAUGACAAGGAGACAUUUCACCUUCCGGAGACGCUUAAGGAGGUGGCAAUUCCCCUCCCAGACGGUUCAGAGAAGCCAUUGUUCCUGCUAGAACUGGUGAGGAAUCACAUUGGAAUAACCGUGCCAUUGUCGAAGGCUGCCACCAACAUCAGUAAUGCCUUAGUGGACACAGGACCGAGGCCGGAUUCGACCCUGAAAUCGUCAUCUCAUUCUGAGGACCUUCCUUCCGACGAAGCAAGUUCGAGUGCGGACAGCGCUUCAGGCUCGGAGAGAACUCCAGCGCCGCUCAAAGAUGCCACGAGCAAGCAGAGUGGACAGGCACCCCGAGCUCUAAUCUUUGCACGGUCCACCGCCUCCGCUGAGAGACUCGCCAGGUUGAUAUGUCUCCUCGAUCCUGAGCUGGCGACCCAGGUUUCUACGUUGACCCGGAGUACCGCCUCGUCAGCCUCAUCCCGACGUGCUUUGGCUUCUUUUCGGAACUCCAGGAUAUCAAUCUUGAUCGCAACCGACCGGGCCUCACGUGGUCUUGACGUCCCAGGUCUCGAGCAUGUCGUAUCGUACGAUGUACCCAACAGUGUUUUGACCUAUGUACACCGGGUGGGACGGACUGCGCGGGCUGGCAGGGGAGGUCAAGCUUGGUCGCUUGUCGAACAUAGAGAAGCGGCCUGGUUUUGGCGAGAGAUAGGAGGUAAAGGAAAGCAGCGUGCGCCUGCGAAAGCCGUCCCCGAACCCUCCAUCCACAGAAAAGGAAAACUGUCCAAGCUUCAGCUGAGCCUCGAGCACCUAGAUCUCAAACAAAAAUACGAGGACGCCCUUCGACAAUUGGGAGAGGAGGUACUGGCGAAGCCAUCAUGA